AUGGAUCCCCAACUCAAGGUCAUCCUCGACGAGAUCCAGAAGUCCAAGGAGGAUUUCAAUCGCCGAUUCGACGCCCACGACGAGCAAUGGAAGGGUCGGUUCGUCGAUCUCGACCGUGCCGUUGCCGUCGACAAGCGCUUCGACGCUCUUGAGUCCACAUGCUCCGACCUCGCCUUCGAUAUCGGCAAGCGGGCCGCUGAUCUGGAAGCUCUCCGCGGCGGCAAACUCCUCACCGACAGCGUCGACCGCGUCACAGCUCUCGAGGUCGCCACCACGGAUCUCGGUACCUGGCGCUCGGAGAUCGAGGCCCUCGCGGAUGAUCUGAAGAUCGAGGAAUUGUGGGAUCUCCUUCAAGAUGAUGACUCCCUAGCCGAUACAGCUACCCCUGCCGAUACUGAACCUCAGGUUUUCUUGGCUCUUUCUCAAUGUGCUCUUACUGACAGUUCUGCUCCUCGCACCGUUCAGUUUUCAGGGACAGUUCAGGGCAUUCCAUUGAACAUCUUGCUUGAUUCCGGCAGUUCAACCUCCUUCAUCAGUGAGUCGGUGGCAGCUCAGCUCAGCCAGGUGUCUGUUAAGCCAUCUUCAUGCCAAGUUCGCAUUGCGGGUGGUGGUACUUUUACAAGUGCAGUUACCCUGCUUGUUGUUCAGUGGUCUAUCGGCCAACUCUGUUUCACCUCUGAUCUUUGGGUUCUCCCACUGACUGCAUUUGAUAUGAUUAUUGGGAUGGAUUGGCUGGAAUCCUUCAGUCCUAUGCAGGUCCACUGGCAACUUAAACAGCUGGUCAUACCAUAUGAGGGCAGUACCGUUCUAUUGCAAGGCGAGUCCGUGGAGGCUCCGAUCCCUCCUUGA